AUGAAACUCCUUUUGAUUUUGGCUUUCGUAAUCGGCACCGCUUCAGCGGCUGCCAUUCUGGAGCAGGAGGUAGAGCAAACGAACGCAACCAUCAAUGGACGCAUUGUUAAUGGCGCCGAUGCCUGGGAUGGACUCUUUCCGUAUCAAGCCGGUUUGACUUUGGAAAAGAAUGGUCAAUGGUUAUGGUGCGGCGGAUCUUUGAUUGGCUCCAAUUGGAUUAUAACUGCAGCUCAUUGCGUCAAGGACGUUCAAGCCGUCACUGUCUAUUUGGGUAGUACGUCGCGUGGUAAUGGUCAAUAUUCCACUGUUGUUCAUCAGAAUGAUGUCCAUAUCCAUCCAGACUAUAGUAGUUUAAAUGAUAUCGCUUUAGUUUGGAUCCAUUCCGUCUCCUACUCGGGCAACAUUCAACCCAUCAGACUGCCAUCGUUCAACCAAUACAGCAAUUAUGAGGGUCAAUGGGCAACACUUUCAGGUUGGGGUAACACAUAUGAUGGAUCCGGUCUGAACGGUCAUCUGAAGUAUGCCACCCAACCAAUUAUUUCAAAUGGCGAAUGCUCAUCAUAUUUCAACAUAAACGAUGGUAUCAUCUGCACCACACCUGUUGAGGGAAGAGCUGCUUGUAAUGGAGAUUCCGGUGGCCCAUUGGCUGUGGACAAUAAUCAAGUGUUGGUGGGUAUCGUUAGCUUUGGCGGCGGCUGUCACUCAUCCGCACCAAAUGCAUUUACCCGCGUUUCACACUUCUUGGGCUGGAUCCGUGAUAUCACCGGCAUUGCUUAUUAUUAA